UCCAGCUUCCCUAGUGAUAUUAGAGCAUGGAAUGGGUUGCAGAAUAAAUGCAUGACGCAUAGAGGUUUAAAAAAGACCAAUCGUUUUUAUCGCUAUAACAAUAGGUCUCGUUUUUUAUAUGUUAAUAAAUUAAUAAUGAAUCUAGUAUUUAUUUUAUAAUCAAUAUAAUAGUAAUUAUAUCCAAAUACUAUAGUUCUCUCUUUUUAAAUUAGUUUAAAAUAAAAAGAAAGGGGGAGAUAUAGAAUGUAGAUAUGGUAUUUUAAAAUUUCUUUGGGUGAGGGGAAGAUACUAUCAAGUAACAAAUCUCAAGACUCAAUCCAAUCACAGCCAUCAGACCAACACACAUUAGAAAAAGUUCAUUAAUAGCACAACACACAGGUGUAUACCAGGCCAUCUACACAGCCCCAAAACAUUGCUCUAGUUUUAUUGACAACAAUGAUGAGAGAAAAGGGGGAGGAGCCAAUUAUUGAUCGGUCAAGCCGUUAAUUAGGUCACACACUAAGCAUGCUAGUACGUUGAUGCUUUUUGUAUGUGUGUGCAACAGACACUGAGCGUGCUCUAAGAUACGUUUUUUUUUUGGUCAACUAGGUGGCUUGGAGAAGGCGGAAUUUAUCUAGAAUCUAGAUGUAUAGCCUGAUGCCUACUUAUGUACAGCUUAUCCUGUUGAAGAUGAGGAAUAUUAUAUUUAUUCUGAGCCUACUGAUCAUUCAGGUCUUAAGAUAUACACCACAUUUCAGAAGCCUCAGUUUGUGGCUGGAAUAUUUCUUUUGGCUAGUUACUGGUUUCAAAUUCCACCCCAAGUGUCAUGCAAAGUUAUCACAGGCUAUCAAUACAAUGGGACUUAUCAUGAAUAGGCAAAGGGAAUCCCCAAUGGCCACAAGUCAACAGGAAAUGAUGAGUUGUUCACUUACUGAUGAUAGUUUCUGAUGCAGGUCAACAGGCAAUGAUGAGAUGUGCAAUUAUUACAUCAUGUUCUACACAAAUAGUUCUGUAGCUGACUCAUCAGGAGAUUGUAAAUUCAAUGAACUUACACCACUGACAGGAGAUAACUUUCCCAAAGAUGUUAGUGUUCCACUUCUACCCAAUCCAGCUCUUGAAGAAGCAGCCAUAGGAUCUCACAACCAUCCUGGAGUAAAUCCCCCAGAACAAAACAAUGGAACUGUCCACUAAUGUGUAAAAAUGGUCAGUCCUCAAUAAUGUUUGCCUGGGCUAAGAAUGCUCCUCCAACUGUCAUGCCCAAAGGUGUAGGUCUGAGAGUUGGCAGUAAAACUUCCAUUCAAACUAUUGUUGUGUAAGUACAUUAUGCUAAAGUUUUUAAAGAUUCAGAACCUGAAGAUCACUCUGCACUAAAAUUUUACACAACACAUCAGAAGUUCUUAGCCUAUCGCACAACCCCUGUGUCCCGGGGAGGGGGAUGCACCUUUUGUCUGGCCUCUUUCCUAACAGACCUGGCCAGCUUGGUAGUACCUGCCAGGAGUGAUGAGCUCCCGCCGGUAUAGCUCUGAGGGUCAUUGAGGCACUCAAGCUGUCACACCACGGCAAGUGUACCCUGUAUAUAUAAGCUGUACAUUCAGAAUGGACAAGAGUAUCUUUCCCUUUACCUACAGAACACAUGCUCAUGGAUUAGGUCGAGUCAUCACUGGUUAACCAACACAAUGGUUCUUAUCAUAAGAUUGGCAAAGGAAAUCCACAAUGGCCACAAGCUUUUUGCCCAGUGAAAGAUAUUAUUGAAGUCAAACCUGGAGAUGCUUUGGCUGCUAGAUGUACUUAUAACUCAAGUUCAAUGGGUGUUGGGUCUACAGGAAAUGAUGAGAUGUGCAAUUUUUAUAUUAUGUUCGACACGAACAGCUCUGUGGCUAAUCCUUCAUGGCUAUGUGGCACCUGCAAAAGAGCUCACAGCUCAGCAGCAAUAAAGCUGGCUAGAAGAAGAAGAAGAAGGCACUAAUGAACUUCUACAACUGACAGGAGAUAACUUUCCCAAAGAUGUCAGCGUUCCACUUCCACCAAAUCCAGCACUUGAAGAAGCAGCCAUAGGAUCUCACCACCAUUCUGGCAUGAAUCAUCCAGAUAAAGCCAAUGAGAACUUGUACCAAGACACAAAAACUCAAGACAUAUUGAUGCCUGGUGCUAAGCCUAAUACACCUGACACCUAUCUAUGUACAACCUAUCCAGUUCUAGAAGAGGAGCUUUAUAUUUAUAAAUUUGAAGCUCUGGCCAAUGCUGCCACUGCACACCACAUGUUGCUGUAUGGAUGUGAUGGUGAACCUUUUUCUACAGACAGCAUCUGGAACUGUCCACCAAUGUGUAAAAAUGGUCAGCCUACAAUAAUGUUUGCCUGGGCUAAGAAUGCUCCUCCAACAGUUAUGCCUAAAGGUACAGCCAUAACUGGUUAUCAAUACAAUGGAACGUAUCAUGAAAUCGGUAAAGGAAAUCCACAAUGGCCACAAGCCUUCUAUCCAGUGAAGGAAGUAAUUGAAGUCAAACCAGGAGAUGCUUUAGCUGUUAGAUGCACUUAUAACUCAAGCUUGAUGGAUCAUCCUGUUGGUGUUGGGUCAACAGGCAUUGAUGAGAUGUGCAAUUAUUACAUCAUGUUCUACACAGACAGUUUUGUGGCUGACCCAUCAGGAGAAUGUGCUUUCAAUGAACUUACACAGCUGACUGGAAAAAACUUUACCAUUGAUGUCAGCGUUACUCUUCCACCCAAUCCAGCCCUUGAAGAAGCAGCUAUAGGAUCCCAUAAUCAUGCUGGCAUGAAUCAUCCAGGUGAAGCCAAUGCUGACUUUGAAGACACACAGAUAUUAAAGAUAUUGAUGCUGGGAGCAAGCCCUAGAAAGCCGGAUUCUUAUUUAUGCACAGCUUACCAUGCACAGGAUUUGGAAUCAUAUAUUUAUAAGUUUGAAGCUGUAGCUGAUGCCAACAGAGCUCAUCACAUGCUGUUGUAUGGAUGUGAAAGUGAAGCCUAUUAUCAGUAGCCAGUUUGGAACUGUCCUUCAAUGUGCAAGAAUAGUCAUCCUGUGAUUUUAUUUGCUCGGGCUAAAAAUGCUCCUCCAACUAUCUUGCCUAAAGAUGUUGGUUUGAGAUUUGGCAACAUAACAUUCAUUAAAAACAUUACUAAACAUUAGUACUGCAAGUUCACUAUGCUAGGAUAUUUACUGAUGCUGAAGAUGAAGACCACUCAGGUUUGAAGAUUUAUGUCACACACAAAAAGCAGCCAUAUGUUGCAGGAGUUUUUUUCUUGGCAUCUGCAUCGUUUACGAUACCUCAAGGACAUUCCUCCUUCCCUGUGGAUGUCGGGCUGUAGAUUUUCAAAAGAAAAAAGUAUUUUUCCAUUUGCCUACAAGCCACAUGACAUGGUUUAGGCCGAGACAUCGCAGGCUACCAAUAUAAUGGAUCCUACCAUGAGAUUGACAAAAGACACCCUCAGUGGCCACAGGUUUUUAAAACAUCACCAGGUCAGACUGAACCAAAAAUGACACUAGGACAGAAGUUCCAGCAUGGUGAAGAUACAAAUCUUUUUUGUAAACCUACUGAUGUAGCUGUUCUUAUGUCUGGAGAGUUUUUUUGUAUCUGAUGGGUACUGUAAUAGCAGAGUUCUGAAAGAUGGAACUUUUUUGAUGUCCUUUGGGAAAAGAAAUGUUCAGUUUGGUGGCAGCUCCUCCUGUUGUGACAUUUGACAUCCCUCAUAGCAUCACUGUGUCAGAGGAGCGUCAUUUGGUUUGUGUGGCUGACAGAGAGAAUAAUCGCAUACAAUGUUUUGAUCUGGAUGGAAAUUUCAAGCAGGUCAUCAAACGCCCAGAAUUUGGUCCACGACUGUUCGCUUUAGAAUAUUGUCCUGCACAUGGAGGUUUACUGUAUGCUGUGAAUGGUCCUGCUUUUGAGAUUUGUUGGAAAUGUGGAAUGUACCAGAUGUAAGGUUCUAUUUCAUGUGACAACAAAACUCAGCUUGGUUUAACUACAAAUAGCUAAUCUCUCUCUCUUUCAUUGUAUCAUAAUUUAUCAAAGUUAUGUUUUAUUUAUUUAUUCUUUUUCAACUUUUACAAAGUAAAAAUGUUAUGAAUGAAAAAAAUUGUAUUUUUUUAAAAUUUAGUUACAGUUAUAUUGAAUAGAAUUAUUUAUGUUAGCAACUUUUGAAUGCAUCACAUAAUUUUAAUUUAACACAGAAACUGAAAAUCAUUUCAAUUAAAGAUUGUUGACUGUUGUUUCACCUCAGAUGAAUUGAUUACAUUUUAAGAGGUUAUCAGAUAUUUAUAUUUAUGACAUACAAUCUUUUUGUUAUGUUAUGAGUUGUUUUUGUUUUUAUUUUCUACAUGUUUAGGGUAUUAAGUUCUAGUGCAUACAUAUGUAGAUUUCAACCCACAUUUUUUUAGUUCUUACUUAUGUAUUUAUGUAUUUACAUACAUGUACUAAGAACUAAUGUCUUUUUUUUAUUAAAAUCAUUUGUAUCAUGAAAUAUUCCACCUGAUCUUUGGCAACUGCAUUUAAUUUAUGUAAUUUUUUGAUUUCUUUCUGGAAAUGAUCUGCUGUUUGAAUAUUUUAGUUUCAGCUCAAGGGCUGUGAUAAAAGUUUAAAAAAAAUUUUUUUUUUUGAUUAUACACUGUUUGUGUGAAAUUACAACUUAAUCAUUUUUUGUGUGAUCUUUAUAUAUUUGAACCAAUUUUUGUUUUAAAUUAGCACAAGUUAAAUCUGUUGAUCAGAAUUUUUUUCCUUGUAAUAGUUAUAUUUAUACUCAAACCCAUUUGAUGUUACUUCUGCAAAGAUUUAUAGACACUCAGAGGAAAUGAUAGCAUGGUAGACACAGCUAGACUUUAAAGGCAGAGUUUUGGAAUUCAAACUAAAAUUUUAAAUAAAUCAAAAACAUUGAUAAACAAGCUGUUUACUGCUAGUUCAGUGCAUCAAUCCAUUGUCUGCCUUUGCUUUAGUCUUUUGUUCUUGAUUUCUAUGCUGCACUGUGUCAAUAACUUAACUUUUUAAAGCAGUUCUAUUAAUCUCUUUCAAAUACUAUUUGCUUAUACUAAUCAGAAUGUAAGAUUAAAUGGGUUUGAUAUUUGUUUCAACUGGUGAUGGUCCCCCUAAAGUAUUGUAUUAGUACUUCAAAACUUACUUAUGUACAGUUUCAUUAAGCCCUAGCCUUUAUUUUUUACUUAUAUUUUUUAGGCUGUUGAAGGUUUAUCAAUUUUUUUUUUUUUUUAUCUGGUGGAGACAUUUAACAAUUUUGUUUUUGACACAAAAAAAAAUUCAACUUGUCUGUUGUGAAAAAUGAAAUCAAAAGUGAAUGAUCACCUAGUCUUUGAAAGUUCAAAAUAUUUGUACUACUUUAUUGAUGUCAUGUACUCACAUAAUAUUUGUGGAUGGCUGCCUGGUCGUGCGGUUUGCUCGCUGGACUGUCGUUCGGAUUUAUCGAUGGUCGAGGGUUCAAAUCCUGCCCGCUCCCAUCCCCCGUUGUCCUGCGGGAGGUUUGGACUAGGAAGUAAACUAUCUUCAACUCUGAAGGAACAUCCGAAACAUGUAAAACAUUUUUGUGUGUUAGUGUUUGUCUUAAUAUGUUGAUGUUGUUUUGUGAUAUCUAUAUCAACAUUGUCUCUUGUUGGUGGGGUAUGCAAGACAUUGGUUCUAUGCUGUUGGUAAACAUUUCUCAUCCUUCAUUGACUUCCAUUGUACUCCACCUUGCACUUAGAGUGUUUUAUGGAGUGCUAGAAAUCUAAAAAGUAUCCCAGUCAUAAUAGAAAUUUAUAGAUUUUUUAAACUAACCACAUUUAGAGCAUUUCAUUUUUACUUUGCUCUUUUUUUAUUGUGUAUGUUCUUAAUUGCAAUCAACAUCUGACAGUGCUACAUAAUGUUUUAUUUAAUGACUGAGCAUAAUGCUUAAUUUGAUUUUAAUGUGGCUAAGAUUCAAGAAACAUGUUUACAAGUUCAUUGCUAAAAACACCUGGUGCAGAGUCAAUGUAUAUUUAAUCUCUGAAAUAAAAUGGGACUAACAAUGACUUUCAAAAUAGUGAUGUCAUUUGUUUCUCAAAUGUUAGUAGCAUAGAAAACGUGGACAUGUUUGAUGUAUUGUAAGGGAUCAUAUGUAACAGUUAUGGGUAUAGAGAAUAAAAUACAAAAUAUUAAACUCA